GAAAGAGGUUUUAGAAAAUAAAAGAAAAGAAAAAUAACGAGGGAAACCCAAUCCAAGUAAGGAAGGGAAAGGCAACCAAACCAACUACCCAGGGCCAGGCAGGCUCUACCGAAAUAAAGCGCACCAUGCCUUUCGUAAUCAUGGCGACCCCCGAAAGUCGAGUCAAACAGUCGCCCCCAGAUCACAGAUAGCAUUUAAUCAAUCGCAAACGCUGCAAACCCUAAACGGUGCCCAAAAGCCCCAACUUUAUCGUCUUCAGCUUCGGGUUCAGCAUCAAGUGAUAAAUGCAGGAUCCAAAGAUGUCGCUUGCUGAGGAAUUUUCGAAUCCUAAGCAACGGAAAAAGAAGCCCUCAACCCAGAAAGCCCCAUUGUUUCAGUUACAAGGGAAUGAUGCCAAUGGGACUCCUCCACUUCCAUUGAAACCAGGGCAAAAGGUAUCCAGAAGAAAUUUUAAGAAUGAAGUUUCUCCAUCGUUUCAGCAGCCAGAGAGGUCAAACUCAGAUUCAUUGCCAGACUCUUCUACUUCUGGAAGCGGGUAUCGUGCACUAAGGCUCAAGUAUUUGCUGCUGGAGGAAGAGAGCUUUGCAUUGGGGAGAGAUCUAAGAGAGGUUGAAGAUGAGGUUAAGACGCUUGAGGAUGAGAAGCUUGCUCUCUUGGACCAACUUGUGGUGCUAGAAGGCCUUGUUGAUCCCUCAGAGUUGCACCCCCAGGGGUUACAUUUAUCAUAGUUUAGCCCUUUAUAUCAUUACUGGUUUAUGUGGUUGAGUUGCACAGUUGUAAAUUAUUAUGAUAUUCGAUGUCAAAGACUGGGGAACGAAUGUUAUUGAAUUUCUUUGGCAUGCCUUGAUAAUUCAAAAGAU